ACGGUGCCUAACUCACUGUCGUGACUUCGGGUGUAACUGCGGAUUGAGAAAUUUGUAGAUUUUCCGGUUGUCACUGCGGUGGAAAUGGCUUCGUAGCUCCGUCGUUACAUUGUCGGAAGUGUAGACUUUUACCUGGUUUAUCAUAAAUGCGUUCUAUUGAGACGUUUCCAUCUAAAAACAGUGGUAAGACUGUGUCUAACAGUGCGUACAGGCGUCUGUUUGCUGCAGCCUUUAACAAGCUGUUACUGUUCACUCCGACAUGAAAAGAAACGGCGCCUACAGGUUUUUGUCAGUUUUCUCAUGCUUCGUCGUUUGCGCUCUCCUUUUUACGUUUUGGUUCUUUAUAUUUUACUCUCUGGUGCUCGCACCAUAAAACAGAGAAGCAGUCUUGUAGCAGCUAAGCUAACCGUGCCGGGCUACUUACCCAUACUGCAUUGCUUUAUUGACAAGUGCCGCCGUCACAUGAUCACAUCCACCAGGAAGUAAGGAUUUCUGUUUGUAAAACUCGUCUGUGAAGUUGUGAUGGCGUCUGGCACCAGUGAAGCAGCUUCAUCUGCUACAGAUCUCAAACUGCAGUUCGCUCCCUUCAGCAGUGCUCUGGAGGCAGGUUUUUGGCACCAGCUUACUCAGAAAAAACUUAAUGACUAUAGGUUGGACGAGAGCCCUAAAUGUAUUAAAGGAUUCUACUACAAUGGUGACCCAGUGGGUUUGCCCAUCCGCCUGACUUUGGAGUACAGUGCUUUUGAUGUUGAUGCUCCUACCCCAGCUCAUUGCUGUCCAGCUUUGGGAACUCUUUAUAACACCAACACACUUGAUGCCUUUAAAACCAUUGAUAAGAAGGCUCUGCUGGAGAAAGUGGCUAAAGAGAUAUGGGAAGCUAUACAAUCUGGGGCUGCAGUAAAGGACCCAUCCAUCCUUAGUAAAUUUAUCCUGUUGACGUUCGCUGAUUUGAAAAAGUACCACUUCUAUUACUGGUUCUGCUUCCCUGCACUCUGUUUUCCAGAGGGGAUAAAGCUUGUCAAGGAGUGUUCUUACCUAGAACAAGUUUUCUCAGCAAAACAGAUUGAAUCCCUGCAGAAGGUUUAUGAUGGCCUGUGUACAAACAAAGGCGCGACUGCACUUCCUUACUUUCUGAUGAAGUACACAGAAGAUGCUGUUCAGAUUGCUCUGCUUGAAGACUGGGACACAUUCUUCACUGAUACCAAGAAGGUCACUGUGGGCAUUUAUGAUCCGUGUACUCUGGCUCAACACCCCGGAUGGCCGUUAAGAAAUCUACUUGCCCUGUUAGCUAACAGAUGGGGCUCUAAGCUGGACACAGUGGAGGUGCUGUGUUACAGGGACAGAACUCUGCAGGGACAUCGUUCCAUUGAGCACAGUGUCGUCUUCCAGGUGAAACUACCUGAACUUCCCAGCAGCUCAGUGUGUCCUAAGAGUGUAGGUUGGGAGAAGAACCCUAAGGGUGCCAUGGGGCCCAGGAUAGUCAAUCUCAGUGAGUGCAUGGAUCCCAAAAGGCUUGCAGAGUCAUCAGUGGACCUCAACCUGAAGCUGAUGAGAUGGAGGCUGGUUCCUUCACUGGACCUGGACAAGGUGGUCAACACAAAGUGUCUUCUACUUGGUGCUGGGACUCUUGGCUGCAAUGUGGCCCGUACUUUAAUGGGAUGGGGAGUGAGACACAUUACAUUUGUUGACAACGCAAAGAUCUCCUACUCAAAUCCUGUUCGUCAGCCGCUCUAUGAGUUUGAGGACUGUCUUGGAGGAGGGAAGUCCAAAGCCAUCGCAGCUGUUGAUCGUCUUACUAAAAUCUUUCCUGGAGUGGUCGCAGAGGGCUACAACAUGAGCAUACCCAUGCCCGGCCACCCGGUGAAUUUCUCUCAGGCGACUCUCUCCCAGGCCCAGAAGGAUGUCGAGCAGCUGGAGAAGCUCAUCUCAGAACACGAUGUGGUCUUCCUACUAAUGGAUACGAGGGAGAGCCGCUGGCUGCCCACAGUCAUCGCUGCCAGCAAGAGGAAGCUAGUGGUGAAUGCCGCUCUGGGCUUUGACACAUUUGUGGUGAUGCGCCACGGCUUGAAGAAACCCGCCGUCAGUCAAAGUGGCUGUGGAGCCGUGGACUCUUCGCCUUCUUGUUCUUCCACCUCGUCUUCGUCGUCGACUCCAGCCGGCUCUGCGCCCUCUGUCCCAGGAUCCUCUCUGUUUUCCAACAUCCCUGGGCACAAGCUGGGAUGCUACUUCUGCAAUGAUGUUGUUGCACCAGGAGAUUCCACCAGGGACCGGACCCUGGAUCAGCAGUGCACAGUCAGCAGGCCAGGCCUCGCUAUGAUCGCCGGCGCCCUGGCUGUGGAGAUGAUGGUGUCCAUUCUGCAGCACAGUGAAGGGGGCUAUGCUGUGGCCAGCAGCAGUGACGAUCGAAUGAAUGAACCUCCCACCUCUCUGGGUCUAGUGCCACAUCAGAUUCGAGGCUUCCUUUCGAGGUUCGACAACGUCCUGCCGGCCAGCCUGGCCUUUGACAAGUGUACCGCCUGCUCACCCAUCGUUCUGGACCACUAUGAACGAGAACGCUUCAGCUUCCUCUCCAAGGUUUUUAAUUCUUCCCACUCGUUCCUGGAAGACCUGACGGGACUGACGCUGUUGCACCAGGAGACCCAGGCAGCAGAGAUUUGGGACAUGAGCGAUGACGAGAGCAUCUGAAGGAAUCCACUAUUAAAGUCGGAAGUCCUCACGCAUCAUUCCAUGCUUCUAUGUGUUUCCUUUCAGUGACGACAAUGAGAAUGAACUCAGUAAGAACUCUCUAGAUUCAAAUCCAAGCAAAUUAAAAAAGAGCAUUUACAAGCUCAAACUUCACAAUCAAUUAGUUUUUCACUGUUAAACAGAUCAGUAUUCCACAUAGUGUAUGAAGCUGAUGCGUCUGUGACAGUCAACAUAUCAACUGUGCAGAGUCUACAGUAGAUACACAACAAUACCAGAAACACUCCUUAUUUGCCUUUAGUGACUUUAUUCUGUCUAAAAAAGCUUCACAAAUUUCACAAAAAACAUUUCCCAAUCUGGUCUCAUGUUCAGUCUGGAAAAGACAAAUUAUAAUGAAAAUACAGAAACUGAGACAACUGUCCUUCGUCUGUUCACACUGUGAUGCAAACAGCAGUUUAUACUAAAAACAAACUCGGUUCAGUUACAGUAGCAGGUGUCACUGUGCAUCAACUGGUGCUUUCUGAUUUAGACUGGUUCAGUGAUUGCAGACAACCUGGAACUGAAACCUGCAGUUCAAGCCUGCGAAGAUCUUUAUACUUUGUGUCGUACAUGUAAAACACGUCUUUUCAUCCUGCUUUGGAACUAACGUGUGACACAGCAUUGUCACUGUAAGUGCAGCUUUCAACUGCUUUGUGGAUUUUUAUGAAAAAGGAUUAUGGCAAAAACAUUUCUGGAAAGCUUCACAUUAACAUAACUAAAGCAGUUUUCCUUGUUCUACUCUGUAAAUCUUUGAAUAAAAAAAAAGAAACAAAA